AUGAGCUCCGGUCAAGGGUCAGGACCCACUUCUCCUGUAUCUUCACGAAUGACCAAAGCUGCUUUCUUCCGAUCAAGAUCACCGCCUAUAGAACGAAACUUCCCCAACGGUAAUGUCAACGGUAAUAUAAGUCCUAAUGGUUUGUCAAGUCAAGAUGGAUUUGGAAACCUCAAUGAUCUAGCAGGGAGGUUCGAACUGUCAACUAGGUUAGAACAGCAACAACAAUACUCGUCAUCAUCUUCUGCUGGACCAAGUAAUAUAGGUAAUCAAGCUCGAUACAACACGAAUAACAUCAGUCCGAAUGAAGAAUUAGGAUCAUCAUAUUCACCAUAUUCCGCGAACAGGAGUCUUUCAGGAGAAGGAAAUACACUUGAAGCGCCAAUUCCACAACAUACACAUAAACAAAUGGGUUAUUUUGAUUCUUCACCUGCUACAGAUGGACAUUCUUCCACAUUAGAUAAACUACAAAACCCGCCUGUGACUCGGAGAGCCCCAUCACCUGUAAGAAGGAGAUCGACGAUAGCAUCACAACGUGAUACAUCGCCGACCUCACCAAGGAACCUACUAGCUGGAAUACACGGGGUCAUGUCAGCACCUGAUUCUUCGGAAAAUACAGAAGAAACGUAUGAAAGUGGAAUGAGAGGGGACCUUAAGGAGCAUACGAUAAUGGGAUUUGCACAAGGCUCAGAUGAGAUGCUGUUGACUCUACUAGCGGGUCAAGCUGCUAUGGAUUGUGAGACUUUACCUAUAGGAGGGUGGGAAGAGGUUGAGGCGUGGAAAAAGGAACUGACGCUAUUGUCGAAUCGACUGGAAUCAUUGCAAUCGCGACAUCAAAGAGAAAUCAAGAUCUUGACAGCUGCAAGAACAUUACAAAAGCUAAACAACUCAAAUAAGAGGAUGUCAAGACAGACAAUGGAGAGUUUGGAACAGGCUGAGAAACGAGUAGAGGUUGCUGAAAAGGAAGUUUACGUCUUGCAAGAUAGAGAAGCUUCUCUGCGGCGAAGAUUGAUGGAACAUUGGUCAGGAGUGAUGGCAUGGGAAGUGCGUAGAUUGGAAAGAGUAUCAGGUGAAACUCAAGCUCGUUACGAUAAACAGUCCAUGAAAAUUAACCAUUUGAAGGAUCGCGAAGCUGAACUGAUUCGACAAGCCAACGACAAGUUGAAUCGCGUCAAUGAAUUAGAAGAAAUGGUCAUUGGAAUGGGUAGACGAGAGAGAGCCAUCGAAGAAGAAGCGCGAGAAUUAGAUCAAUAUCGCUUGAAGCUGGAAGAGGAAAGACAAAAUUGGUUAGAAGAGAAAGAAGCUUAUCAAAGGGAAAGAGAUUCUUGGACAUCUCUGAAAAGGAAUUGGGAUAAAGAGAGAUCCGGAUUUGAACUGGAUAAAAGACGUUGGAUGGAAGAAAGAACAGGACUGAUAAAUGAUAAACAACAAUUACUGGAAUCAGGUCAAAUGUCAGAAAAAGAUAGACAUCUGAUGGAUCAAAUCCGGUUAUCUCUAGGAGGUAUCUUAGGUAGGAAAAUGGGUUCAGUAGGUGAACAUGAGAUUAUACCUUCUAUUGAAGAAGUGAAAGGUCUAGUGGCCAGAAGAGAAAGGGAAGUUGGAAAUCUGAGAGAUGAAAUGAGAGAAGUGAAUAUGGGUUUAGAAGAGGAACUGAGAAGAGUAAGUGAAGAUAGAGAUUCUUGGAAAUCAAGAGUGGAUCAAGGUGAACAUGGAAGAAGAGAUGAGAUUGCUGGAUUUGAAAGGAAAUUAAGGAAUCAACAGGAACACAUCAGCGAUCUAUCACUUCGAAACGAAUCACUCUCAUCGUCGCUGCAAGCAGCGCAAAACGCUGUAUCCUCCAUGUCGUCCGACACAGCUUCUACAAAAGCUCUUCGAUCUCGAGUCGACGAACUGUCAGCUGAAUUGGAGUCCAUCGCUACUCAGUUCAACUCUAUCUGGUCAAUUCUUCCUCCACCUAGUAAACGAGCUCAAGCCGAAUUGAUAGAUCCGAGAACAGGAGAUAGCAACCUUUCACUUUCCAGUCCAAGUAGAGCGAUGAACUUUGCUGCUCUACAAGACUUGUAUCAACCCCAUAGUGAGAAAGUUGGCGAUAUCAACGAGACUUUAGCUAGAAUCAGAGGUGUCGUAGAGGACAGUAAACUCUUAGUGGAAAGGGUGGUCAAAAUGGGUAAAGAAAGAGAACUUUUGAAAGGUAACGCUUUCAAAGCUAAGAAACUGGUAGAAGAGAGUGCUCGAAGUUUAGAGACUUAUCAACAACAAGUGGCAGUAUUAGAAGACCGUCUAGCUAAAUCUGGCAGUACAGAAUCCCAUUUCCUAGAUGAACUAAAUGAUCUUCAACGAUCAUUGGAUAAUGCAAAUUCAGCUAAGAGGCAUUUGGAACAACAAUUACAAGCUCAAUUAGAAACUUGUUCAAGACUUUCAGAAGCAAAUGAUACAUUAUCCGCAAAAGCAUUGGAUUUAGCUCAAGUUGCAGAAGAGGAAAAAUCAUCCUUGGCGAACAAAUUAUAUAAUGAAAUUGAUGACCUGAAGAGAAAAUUGAAAGGAACUGAAGAUGAUGCGGAUGAAGAAAGAGCUAAAUCUCAAGGUCAAAGAAUACAACUUCUUGAUGAGCUUAAUUCUUUACAAGCUGAAGUUGGAGAUCUGAGGAAGCAACUUAGAGCAAAGGCAUAA